CUUAUGCGCUUAAAAGAUUAUGUACGCAAUCGAGCCUAUCCCGAGGGCUCGAUUGCUGAAGGAUAUAUUGCUGAGGAGUGUUUGACAUUUUGUUCGAGAUAUCUUGAAGGUGUUGAAACGGUUUUCAAUCGACCUCAAAGGAAUUGUGAUAUCAUAGAGAAUGCAGAUGUUUACAAGUUCUCAUCUGGCGGAAGAGUUUUGGGAAAAGUUGAAAGUGUUGUUCUUGACCAGAAAUCGUUGGCACAGGCACAUCGCUAUGUCUUACUUCAUAGUGAUAUAAUAUCCGAGUCUCGCAGAGAAUUUUUAAUAGCUCAGCGAAGUCUCAACCAUAACAUUCGUCCUACACCAAGGAUUGAGCAACGAUGGUUGGUUGAGUUAUUUCCAGAAUGGCUUUUCAAACAGGUUAGAUGUCUAAUAUAUUAAGCUUUUUUUUAAAUUUUAUAGAGAGAAAUUAAUCAUUACUUCUAUAAUUCUUUUUAGGUACCAAUGAUGAUGGAGAGGAAUUGUUCCGAGGAGUUAAUAGUCAUUGCUCGAGGUCCGAAUAAUAUUGUCAACAGAUAUGGUGGGUUCAUUAAAAAUGGUUUUAAAUUUCAUCCUAAAGAGCGUGAGAAAUUUAGAAAAACCCAAAAUAGUGGGGUUAUG